CCCUCCCAUCUCUUCUCCUCACGAUGGCGUCCGGCGGUGCAGGUAGCAGGGUCUCCUGCGGGAGAGAUUUAAGUUGUGUUCCCGAAGUGGCUGAUACCCUCUCCGCGGUAGCCAAAUUAGGCUUCGAUUUUCUGUGCAUGCCAUUGUUCCAUCCACGGUUUCGAAGGGAGCAUGAACUGGGCCCUGCUAAGUCACGACCUGGAGCCCAAACCCGCUCUGACCUGCUGUUAUGUGGCAGAGACUGGAACACUCUUAUUGUAGGAAAGCUGUCACCCUGGAUUGAGACGGACUCAGAGUUGACAACAGAACGCAGGAAUUCAGAGGCUGCGCUGGUACAGGAGCUGAAUUUCUGUGCUUAUCUGGGGCUGCCAGCUUUCAUGAUUCCCCUUAGGGGUCCGCACUGUGCCAACCUGGCUCGAAUCCUGCUCAACCACAUCCACACAGGACACCACUCUUGCAUGUUUUGGAUACGAGUUCCGCUGCUGGCUCCAGAGGAUAUGCGUGAGGAUCUCAUCGAGAACGAUCCCUCUAAACAAAUGGAUGAUGGCAGCACUGAUGAGAAGACCUGGGCAUGGUGGCACUCAUUUAGAACACUUUGUGACUAUAACAAGAGGAUUUGCCUCGCUGUUGAGGUCGGAGCAGACCUGCCAUCUGAUGCUGUGAUUGACAAGUGGCUUGGGGAGCCAAUCAAAGCAGCCGUUCUCCCCACCAACAUAUUUCUAACCAAUAAAAAAGGAUUUCCUGUUCUGUCAAAAGCCCACCAGCGAGUCAUCUUCCGACUCUUCAAGCUGGAGGCUCAGUUCAUUUUCACAGGGGCAAACCGCCACAGUGAGAAAGACUUGCGCUCAUACCUGCAGUAUCUAGAGUACCUCAACCAGAACAGUCCGGCACCUAAUGCCUACGAACUCUUUGCCAAAGGCUAUGAAGAUUACCUACAGUCACCACUACAGCCUUUGAUGGACAACUUGGAAUCGCAGACGUAUGAAGUUUUUGAAAAAGAUCCCAUCAAAUACUCUCAGUACCAGCAGGCUGUUUAUAGAUGUCUUUUAGACCGAGUUCCUGAAGAACAGAUGGAAACCAAUGUACAGGUAUUGAUGGUACUAGGUGCAGGUCGUGGUCCACUGGUAAAUGCCUCACUUCGUGCGGCAAAACAGGCUAAGAGGAAGCUGCUCGUAUAUGCCGUUGAGAAGAACCCCAAUGCUGUAGUCACUCUAGAGAACUGGAAGUUUGAGGAGUGGGGCGAUCAGGUGACUGUUGUGUCAUGUGACAUGAGGGAAUGGGCGGCCCCAGAGAAGGCCGAUAUCAUUGUUAGCGAGCUUUUAGGCUCGUUUGGGGACAAUGAGCUUUCCCCUGAGUGCCUUGAUGGAGCACAGCACUUCCUCAAAGAUGAUGGGGUGAGUAUUCCCUGCUCCUACACGUCUUUCCUGGCUCCACUGUCCUCAUCUAAACUAUAUAAUGAAGUCAGAGGCUGUCGGGAGCGAGACAAAGACCCCGAGUGCCAUUUUGAGACACCGUACGUUGUCAGACUACACAACUUCCACCAACUUGCAGAUCCCAAGCCCUGCUUCACCUUCAUACACCCCACGUCAGAUAUGAAUAACAACCGGUAUCAAUGUCUACGCUUCCCAGUGCGCUGUAAUUCAGUGCUUCAUGGUUUUGCCGGAUACUUUGAGGCCACACUCUACAAAGAUGUUACACUCAGUAUAAAACCUGAAACGCACUCACCUGGAAUGUUCUCCUGGUUCCCCAUCCUAUUCCCUUUGAAACAGCCAAUCCCGCUGUCCUGUGGCGAUAACGUGAGUGUGAGAUUCUGGAGGUGUAACAAUGGGAAGAAGGUGUGGUAUGAAUGGGCUGUGACUGAGCCUAUAUGCUCUGCUAUUCACAACCCAGCUGGGCGUUCUUACACCAUCGGCCUGUAGGAAGACACGCACAUUCGCUGACUCACGUCUACUUGCAUACAUGGGGUUACACUGACAUUUUUUUAUAACAAUCUGAUUUCCGGUCAAGUGGCAGGUUUGAGUAUCUUGUUUCCAGGGCCCAUUUUUAAUUACAGAACUACACUCAUCGAAGUACAUCAAACUUCCUUGCAGACAUUAAAAGUAAGUUUGAUUAAUCUGCAACACAUAUGCUGUAUUCUAUUAUCUUCAUAAGGAUGGAAAUUAAAACUGCACUUGCAAGUUACUUUUAAAGUAGUGUUUGGUGCUCUUGCUCUAUUCAAAGUCCACAUAUAAUUUCAGAAAACAAACUCUGGAUUUUUGGUUCAUAUUAGUAACAUAAGAGCUGUCAGUUUUUGGAGACUUUAUUUUAUAGAACUGAUGAGUCAGGUAGUCUCUUUUGACACUGUACAAUAGCAUCAGCUCUAUACCCUAUAGCCCACCAGAGCCUUGAAAUGCCACACGGUUAGAUCAUUCAUACAUAGUAUUACUUUCCCAGUCAGGCCAGGUUAGGAAAUAUAUUCCACACUUUUAUAAGUUUUUUUGUUUGUUUGUUUUUUUCUGAUGAAAAUGUAUUGUCACAAAACAUGAAUAAAGUAUACAAAACGUUUGUGAUGAUACCUUUUUGAGUUUCCCUUAGCUCCUUUAUGAGGUUGAAACUUGACUUAAGGCUUCUCAAUGUCAUGUCAUAAGUGUAAAAUAUAUGGUGGUAACUGAAAAUAAAGUGUUUGGCAGAAUCAGUUAAAAUAAUUACAUGAAAUUGCAACCGGCAGAGAGACCG